AUGCCCAAAAAAAGUCCAAUAAAUUUGUCUAAAUCUCGUUUCACCUGCUCAAAAAGCGAAAAAGAUGUGCAUCUAAUUCCUGAUAUUCUACAAAUAAUAUUCACAAUGCUAAUAUACAAAGAUUUAUUUUCUGCAAUUCGCGUGAACCGUACUUGGUGUCUCCUUGGAAUCCCAAUGCUUUGGAAAGCGCCGUUCAGUUAUCGACACGCCAAUUCGAAACAUGCAAUCCGUACAUACUUACUAUCCAACACAGAACCAUCAAUUAACUGUUUAAAGAUGAUUCCGUAUUUUCCAAAACAUACCAUCUUGCCAGAAAAUUUAGAUAACUUUGAGGGAUCGGGUUGUGAUUUGGAAAUUAUUACGAAGCCUUUAUUCGAUUACAUUUCAUAUUGCUUAGUGUUCGAUUAUGGUGGAAUAUUUCGUGCGGUUUUAGAUUAUUGCGAAACUUUAGAUAAACUUUGCAGAAAAAAAACGGUUAAAAUUAUCAUGAAAAUAUUGCUGGAAAUGUUCAAAUCUCGUGGUCAUCAAUUCAAAAAUAUGAGAGUGAAAUAUCAGUAUCAUGAUAACAAGAUUCUUUCUCCUAAAUAUGCAUGUGUAUAUUCAGAGAUUGACACGCUUGACUUGAUUGGAUUACAUAUUGAUAAAAGUCACGUUUUGGCUGCAUUGAUUCCAUUAUGCCGAAAAAUUAAACAUUUAAGCAUCACUAUAAAAAUCGGUUCUGAUGAAUUAAAGAAUCUUAUUGAACUCAUACGCGGCCAAACUAAUCUUACCACAAUCGAGAUAAUCGGCGAAAUAAUUGAUCACCGAAAAUCACUAUUGUCAGCACUUUGCGCACAGAAGGAUACAAUUACCUCAAUGGAAUUUUCUUAUUUCCCUUUUGAAGGUUUUAUGGAUUGGACCAUCUUUCGACAAUUCACUCGUUUGAAACGUUUGAAAAUACAUAAUGUCUCGAAAAUAGAUAUUGAUGAUGAUGUAUUGGGUAUUAAAUGCAUUGAAAGUACAAUUUUACAGCGUACUAUACAUGGUAAAAAGUAUCACGGCGAAGCAUUAAUUCCGGUUUUUUUCCUGAGAUAA